ACAGUCGAGACUGGAGCGUCGCCGGGUUUACACGAUCCGAGAGCUUUGCAAGGCAGAAGAAGGAGGCACUGAAGUCCAUAUCCUAUACCGGAGUUACCAUGUUGAAGGCGAUUAUCGUUUUUGCCACUAUCUUGGUGGCCGUGGCCAUGGCCAUGCAGCCACUGGAGGACAAUGAGCGGACCCAUCAUCUCAACCACAAGCGCCAGUUGUCCCAGCAGCAGCACCACCACCAAACCAAACCCCAGGAGGUGAGGCAUUCGGCACACGAUAGUCUGAAACAUGGCGGCUCCCACGUUAAGGAGCAUCUAACGCAUCACUCUGAGCGGAAGGCCAGGCAGAGCCACAAGGAGCCGGGCCACAAGAAGAGCCACCACCACAAGGAGCACCCCCAGCAGCAGGACAACCACUCCCGCAAAUCCCGAUCGCAUUCCAAGGGCAGCAAGCAGCAUCACAAGCGGCACACGGGAUCGCGUCGCCACUAGGAUGAUGGGACAUGUGGCCAGGAUAUAUUCUAUUUAAACUCUAGCCUAUGGAUUCCCUAUGCCAGGAUUCAAUUCCGAAUACAGUAAACACUCGUAUUUUUGCAUGUAUGGCGACAGUAAAGCCAAUCUAUUUAAAUGUUUACAAAUCCAAUGUGAAAUAUAAGCCAUGACCAAAUAAACACACAUUUUAUAAAUGAUAUUAAUAUCCA